UGAGUACAAGUGUUGCAGUCACUAUAAAAGCAAUUAAUUCACCUGUGAGUGUUUUCCAAGACCGAAAAAUUAGAUUGCAUGAAACAUGGUGUCCUGCUUUGGACUCAAUUCAGCACUAUCGGUGACAGUAAUGUAUUUACUCCUACUAACAGCAGUAGUUGAUGCUGCUGAGCAGGUAACCACCUGUGAUCUGAAUAGUCGGCAAGUCCAUCAUAUGAACUGUGGACAAGGAGUGAUCAAGGUGGAAAAGGCCUUGUAUGGGCGCUCGGCUGCAAAGGUUUGCGCGGAGGGAACAUCACAGAAAAUGCUGUCUAAUACACAAUGUGCCCGACCAGACACCUUGGACAAAGUCAAGAUGAGUUGUGACGGAAAGCAAUCGUGUGAAUUAUUCCUGGAGGAUUUCCGCAAACCUGAUCCUUGUGCUGGAACCUCGAAAUAUUUGCAAACGGAAUUUGUCUGCAUGCCUGCGGUUAUUGUGGUGGCGUGCGAGAUGUCUUUGGCACAUUUGUAUUGUGGAUUCGACCAUGUUAUUCAGGUCUACGGUGCAGACUACGGACGCCGUGAUGAGAAUGUUUGUGCAUACAAAAGGCAACCACAAAGGACCAAAAACAAGGAAUGCUUGCACCCGACUGAUAUUGUUGCCAAAAGGUGCAAUGGGAAAAGCAGCUGUAGCAUUUCUGCAAGCAAUCGCGUAUUUGGAGACCCCUGUCCGGGCACCUACAAGUACUUGGAGGUUGCUUACACAUGUACAUAUCCUGUGCAAUCCCACAUUAGCCUCUCAUAACAUGGUGUACUGUCAUUAAUAAAGACUUGUAUGAGAAACUUGACAAGAC